UUACAGUCACACACGGACCACAUCCGAGUGAGGCGAGGGAAACGCACGCGCAGGCGCCCGUACGCGUUCGAUUUACGAAUUCGCAACUUCUUUCUUUUUUAAACGGCUCGCGGAAACUGCCAGUAUUUUUUUAUUGACGUUUAUUUUGAUGAACUGAUUAUUGUGAUUUUUUGUGAGUGUAUUGUGUAACUAUGGAGAACGAAUCUUGCAGCUGAGUGGACACCGGUUUUUUUAAAUUAAAAAUCCAGGGAUAAUCGUGUACUACGGCCGCUAACUUUUCGAGAUCUAAGAUGAACCAACAAUGCAAAGUCUGCGGGGAGCCAGCCGCCGGCUUCCACUUCGGCGCUUUCACCUGUGAGGGCUGCAAGUCGUUCUUCGGGCGGACGUACAACAACCUGUCUUCGAUAUCUGAAUGCAAGAAUAACGGAGAGUGCGUUAUAAACAAGAAAAAUCGAACGUCGUGCAAGGCCUGCCGGCUAAGAAAAUGUCUGUUAGUAGGAAUGUCUAAAUCCGGAUCAAGAUAUGGCCGAAGAUCUAACUGGUUUAAAAUCCACUGCUUACUACAAGAACAGCAGCAACAGCAUAUCCAGCAUAUGCAAACGAAUAAAUCGCCUCCAGCCUUCAAUUCUUCUAUCAACACGUCCUUUCCUCCUAUAAACCUACUGCCAGCCGCAGCCUUAGCAGAGUAUUACAAAAGCUCAGAGAAGAGCCAAUUCACUGAAGACGUGACGCGGCAAAGCAUAUCACCGUCAGACUCUGGAGCGUCAUCAGCUGAUCCCGAAGACGAUAACAGCUCACGAAGCACUAGCGGCCUAAGUAUAUUGAGACCUGCCUCCUCACCAUCCAGCGAAAAAGACGUCAGGCUACAUGCUGUUAGGUUCCAAACAAAAGACGUCAGAAAACGGAAAUCUACGCUUCCAGCGUCUCCUUUCGGGGCCACUCCUAGCUUUACCAGAAUGGGAGCGUACCAACAACCCGUCCAAAAUCUUCGAUCGUUACCAACCGGUAUUCCUACAUGGCAGAAUUGCAAUGGUGGUGACCUGAUCCUUCAUUCUCCAGCAGUGGCCGGAGUGGCCAUAGAACAAGACCAACCGAUCGAUCUGUCCAUAAAGUCGGCUGUUCUAUACCGUAGUCCAAAGAACGAUGAGUUGAGCGAUUCAGAACCGGAGUUGAGUAUUGACAUGAGCGAGGACAGCGCGAAAGAUAUUAUGAAGAAUCCCUUAGACUUGUCCUUGGUACCGAAAAGGAAGGAAGAAGUUCCUUUAACUGGUUAACUUGUACUAUGCAUGCCUUGAAUUUGGCAUAUUUCAAUGUCAAUUUUGUAGCGUUGAAAUUGUACAUUGAAGUUUGA